ACUAUGGCAAAGUCUAAAAGAAAUUUUAAAAAUGGAACCCAAGAAAAACGAGAACAUUUUCCUCGAAAAGCAAGAGAGAAGUCUUUAAUUAACCUUGAGCAAAUAGCAGUGGUUAUGGAUGUUCUUGAAGAAAUGUCUGAAGUUGAAAAUGAGAAAACCAACACGGGAAAUAAGAAGCAGAGAAGAAUUACCAAUAGCUGCAGACAAGUUGAAAGUAGCUCGGAAAGAAAAGAUACCGGUACCGGUAGUGUUAAACACAAAAAGAGCAAGAAGCCACCUCUGUUGCCAAAAACUAAUGGCUUGUCCCAUUUUAUGGAGCUGGGAGCGAGAACUGACCUUAUCGACUCUCAUUCGUCCGAUCCUCUCGGACCAGACAGUUUUGACAACUUUCAAUGGGUUGAAGUGAAACAAGAAUUGCCAGAUGAUAUCGAGGUUUGCAAAAUCACCUAUACAGAACUUCCAUUAAAAAUACAUCACCUCCAAUCUCAUCUUCCGAAUGAUGAGGUCAAUGUGACUAAUGAUGUUGCAUCGGUUAGUAAAGAGAAGAAUAAAGAUGUUCCUAUUGAAGAAUACACAUGUGAUGUGCCUUCUAAAAAUAAGAAUAAUGUAUCGUCAGAAGUCCAAGAAGAGCAAUGUUCAGAACCAGAUAUCAAUUGUGAUGAAGUGUCCGAAGAGCAUGACGUUUUGGGAAUUUCACUGAACGAUGAUAAUACUAAUGGUAGUUCUUCGGAAGACGAAAGCUUGACUGAAAAAUGUGAACCUGAAAAUAUAGAGGAGAUCCAACCACGAAAGAAAAGGAAAAAGUACCUCCAACAGUGUGAUAUUUGUAGUAAAAAACUGCAUUCCAAAGGUAACCUUCGCCUUCACAAACUUAAGGUACACAAAGUGAAAGUACAGUUCUCUUGUGAGUUGUGUCCCGUCAAGUUCGACUUUCACCGAGAGGCCGUGCAACAUCGCAACUCUGUUCAUAGAGGCGAGGACGGACGCUUUGGCUGUGAUGUGUGCAGUAAACGGAUCACGGACUAUCACCUGUACCUGACCCACAUCAGGUCACACACGGAUUGCGGCAACACUGUGACAGAUGGUAAUGGUUUACACACAGAUGACUUGAGGGGAAGACUGAAGAGUCAAGAUAAGAACUUCAUCUGUGACACUUGUGGUCGUAGGUUCGCCUUCAGCUGUUUGUUGCGUGAUCACAUCAACACUCACACCGGCGUCAAACCUUACCUCUGUCAGGAGUGUGGUAAGGCGUUUUGUCAAAAGUCCACGUUGAAGCAGCACACAAAGACACACAGCGAGGUUCGGCCCUUUCAGUGUGCAGAGUGUCCGCAGGGCUUCUACUCCAAGGGGGACUUUGUCAAACACCAACGUACACAUACUGGCGAGCGGCCGUACGUGUGCGAGGUUUGUGGAGAAGGAUUCUCGCGCAGCUCUCAUCUGGUGAUCCAUCGACGAACGCACACUGGAGAAAGACCUCACGUGUGUGAUGUUUGUGGACGAGGGUUCGCCAAGCGAGGAGAUGUCGUCCGUCACCAUCGGGUACACACGGGAGAACUCCCAUACCUCUGUCAGGUCUGUGGUAAAGCGUUCCGACAGUCGACCCAGUGCGCCAACCACAUCAAGAGCCAACACCCAGACUCGCCUGCGCCCGUGGCUCGUAACCCUAACCCGCUGGUGCAUGUACACCUGUCGUAACUAACUGUGAGUCAAACAACUGGUUGUGAACGUAAAUGUUGCCUUAUAAAUUUUGAAGUAGACGUCCAAUUUUAUUUGGACUAGUUGUAGCCUUUUUUAUCCAUAUCAUAGUUGAUUGAGUCUCUUAAAGAGCAGGUUGAUAAAAAUUACGUUAAUUGAAUAUGUUAAUUUUUGUACAAAGCCAAAUUGUAAAGACAAUCUAUUGUAAGUAUAGUAUAUUUGAUGCCACAUUAAACAGAGUACCAAAAACUGAAGAUUAAAGAUUUCAAUAGCUCAAUUCAACUAUAUCCAUUUUCAAACCAAAACAAUUCUACAUGGGAAUAGGAUAUCUACUUCUAUGCUUCUAUAAAUAGUCAAUGAUUUCAGCUAUAGAAGAAAUUUGUAGUGUUAAUGUUUCAGUUAUGCCAUAUCGGGCUGAAUCUGUCUGUCUGUAGUAAAAGGCGUUAAUAUUCAGGGGUUUUAGGAAAUUUUUAUUAUUUUUUUAAGGGAUUCGAUUAAUUUAAAGGAUUUUGAAAAUAGUUUUUCAGUUAGGUUAAGCUUAAUAUAACUUCUGUGAUAUUGGAAUGACAAUGAAUGCGUCAUUGAGGUAAUAAAUAGCCCGGAAUAAUGUAAUUAAAUUUAAAUGCUAGAUUCCUUGGGUGAAUUUUGUUUACUUGAUUAAACUAGU